ACUAUUUUUUAUAUUAAAACAUUUAACCUUAAAAAGUGAGAAUUUUCCCUCCUAUUUUUAAGUUUUCAACACAGAUAAUAAUCAUUCAGUAGUACAGACUUACAAUGUCACUACAUACAAGCUCUGCGAUUCCAGCGACGAUAUGGGAAACGACACCAUGGAAUGGUCCAGCACGGGUCCUUCAGCAACGACGACGCAUCCAGUGUCCGUGGCGGUUCCUCUCGUGAAGGAAGGGAUCAACUAUUUCUUCUCCGAGGAUUACGACGGAGAUCAGUGUAAAGCCGGUCAACAUUUUCAAAUAAACGUGACUCACGGCCAGGGCCUCCCGAAGAGCCUACAGGAACCAUCCGAAGACGCUCCGGCUCCCAACAGUCCGGACUUUGCCGGUGCCGACUCCGCGCCGGACACCAUUGUCCCGUCGAAUUUCAAUCAUCCGAUCGAUGAUGAAACUGAUGAUCAUACCGAGAAUUCAGGAUCCAAUUCUCUGUUUGGUGAGUUCUUCGUCAAGAUACUGGCCAAUGGCUUUGCGGUUUUAUUAGGAAUUUUCUUCAUAUUUUGAUUAUUUCAAGUUUGACCUUCUUUUCUUUUACUUUUUAAAAUUAAACACCUUACUUUUGUUUGUGAGUGUCCGUGUGAUUAGUAAAUAGGGAUUACAUUU